AUGCUGCCAAUAUCGAACUUCAGAUUUUCGAACCGCAACCUUUUUCAUCACUGUCAUCUCAUCAUCAAUCUAUCGCUCUCGUCCAAGAUCCCAACCGCCCUCAAGCAGUAUGUCUUUUACGCCGAUUCGCUUCGCGCCUUUCCAAGUCUCAGCCGCACCCUCUUCUGGCCAACCUCAGACGUCCUCUAUUCAACCUCAAGCAUCAGGAGUUUCGACGAGUGCAUCGAGCACAUCAACCAGCUCAUCAAACACUUCGGGCUCAACAAGCACGGACGCAUCGAAUGGACGUUAGCUGUCUCUGAGUGGAACGAGAGGAGUAACUACCUACCGUCUCAUCUUCCCACCCACUUUGACCCAUCUCACAAGAGCCUCACCACCAGCACCACGUACUUGAAGCAAUGCACACAUGCCUUCUUCCGUCUAUCCUUACUACCACAAAAAGCUCACUAA